GGGGGACGUUAAACCGCUGGACCAUGCUUUUCUUACAUGUUUUGUAAUGUACAAUCCAAGGGUGUGUGGCAGCUUAAUUUACUUGGUGAGUUAUUAACACUAUAAUAUACCUAUCGUAUUGACAUUGGGCAGUAUCAAAGCUAAACGAGACCUCGGCGUUAUGAGCAGUUACGAUUUAUAUGUAGUUUGUAGCUACCAAAGCAACUUACCCGUAUCUAGCUACAUUAGCUAAUGUUAGACUGCGCAUGUUUACUAAUGAAUAGUUGUUACAUAGGGAAUUCUUAUAAAUAGUAGUUAGCUAGUAUAAAUUAUCUCGUGUAGAUAAAUUAGCGAUCUAAUGCUCUAUCACAUUGGCUGUAUUGAGAAUAUUCUGGCCAACCAUGUCUUUUUUUUUUUUUACAGCUCAAUAGGUAACGUUACUGUAUAGUUAUGUCUUGUUAGCUAGCAGAUUGUAACGGGCUAAUGAUGCUCCAUUAGCCCUUACACGAUAAGUACCGUUUGGCGUAGUACAGAAUUUUCGAACAACCUUAACUUUGCGAUACUAUCUUCGUUCUCGAUUCGGCCAAACAUGUAUUUUCAAAAAUGUCCGUGUACAGUUGCAGGUGUUUCGUUUGAAUUUAGAAAAUGCUCUGUUGUUAAAUAUGUACUAUGCAGAAAUCGCUCUGCCAUUUCCUGGUUGUUAAAAUUCGAAUAGUUUGUUUUUGACAAAACAAGUAUAGUGUAGAAAAUCAUUGUACCAUCAAACCGCUGUGAAACGUAUUUUCCAUAACCAACACUUUUGUAUUUUCAGCUGUUUGAAGCUGGUGUUGUGCCAGUAACCGAAAGGUCACUGGUUCUAAUCCCCGAGCCGACUAGGUGAAAAAUCUGUCGAUGUGCCCUUAAGCAAGGCACUUAACCCUAAUUGCUCCUGUAAGUCGCUCUGGAUAAGAGCGUCUGCUAAAUGACUAAAAUGUAAAUGUAAAUGUGUACCAAACUGAAAGUUAAGAACGGGAAGUAUAGAAAUAAUGCACAUAGAACAGAUCUACCGCUUCUUAGAUUUACUUUCAAUGAGAAUGACAGAUCUUUAAUACACAUUUCUAUGUGAAUAUGGUUGGGUCGCCCAAAAAGUUACAUAUUGCAGCUUUAAAGAAAUCAGUGUUUUGCUCCAUGAACUAAUCCAACUAUGUGUAAGCCACCAUCUUGUCUAUUUUAAAUCUUCUCUCAUUGAUUGAGACAGUUGAGUGUCAUCAUGACAUGCAGCACUUUGGUGUGGACCCACCUGUCUCAAUCAUUGGACUAGUUUGAGUGGUAAGGUGAAUGCAACAGACAGUUGAUGACACAGGAGGUUGGUGGUACCUUAAUUGGGGAGAACAGGCUUGUGGUAAUGACUGGAAAUUCAUCAAACACAGGGUUUCCAGGUGUUUUAUGCCAUUUCAUUUGUUCCGUUCAAGCCAUUAUUAUGAGCUGUUCUCCCCUCAGCAGCCUCCUGUUGUUGAUAAAAGUCGAAGAGUGAAGUCAGGGGAGGUGCAAAUGCGACAGCCGAAAGUCGGACACUGAUGUGCUUUUCCAACAGCAAGGCUCAGUGGACCAUGGCAGUGUUGCCAUUGUUUCUAAGUUGUUCUUUAUAAUGUCUAAAUAAACUUAUCACACACGCACAAACUGAAAAUACAGUUGAAGUCGGAAGUUUACAUACACCUUAGCCAAAUACAUUUCAACUCAGUUUUUCACAAUUCCUGACAUUUAAUCCUAGUACAAAUUCCUGGUCUUAGGUCAGUUAGGAUCACCACUUUAUUUUAAGAAUGUGAAAUGUCAGAAUAAUAGUAGAGGGAAUAAUUUAUUUCAGCUUUUAUUUCUUUCAUCACAUUCCCAGUGGGUCAGAAGUUUACAUACACUCAAUUAGUAUUUGAUAGCAUUGCCUUUAAAUUGUUGUAACUUGGGUCAAAUGUUUCGGGUAGCCUUCCACAAUUUUGGCCCAUUACUCCUGACAGAGCUGGUGUAAGGUUUGUAGGCCUCCUUGUUCGCACACUCUUUUUAAGUUCUGCCCACACAUUUUCUAUGGGAUUGAGGUCAGGGCUUUGUGAUGGCCACUCCAAUACCUUGACUUUGUUGUCCUUUUUGCCACAACUUUGGAAGAAUGCUUGGGGUCAUUGUCCAUUUGGAAGACCCAUUUGCGACCAAGCUUUAACUUCCCGACUGAUGUCUUGAGAUGUUGCUUCAAUAUAUCCACAUAAUUUUCUUUCCUCAUGAUGCCAUCUAUUUUGUGAAGUGCACCAGUCCCUCUUGCAGCAAAGCACCCCCACAGCAUGAUGCUGCCACCCCCGUGCUUCGCGGUUGGGAUGGUGUUCUUCGGUUUGCAAGCAACCCCCUUUUUCCUCCAAACAUAACAAUGGUCAUUAUGGCCAAACAGUUCUAUUUUUGUUUCAUCAGACCAGAGGACAUUUCUCCAGAAAGUACGAUCUUUGUCCCCAUGUGCAGUUGCAAACCGUAGUCUGGCUUUUCUAUGGCGGUUUUGGAGCAGUGGCUUCUUCUUUGCUGAGCGGCCUUUCACGUUAUGUCGAUAUAGGACUCGUUUUACUGUGGAUAUAGAUACUUUUGUACCUGUUUCCUCCAGCAUCUUCACAAGGUUCUUUGCUGUUGUUCUGGGAUUGAUUUGCACUUUUCGCACCAAAGUACGUUCAUCUCUAGGAGACAGAACGCGUCUCCUUCCUGAGCGGUAUGGCGGCUGCAUGGUGUUUAUACUUGCGUACUAUUGUUUGUACAGAUGAACGUGGUACCUUCAGGCGUUUGGAAAUUGCUCCCAAGGAUGAACCAGACUUGUGGAGGUCUAACAUUUUGUUUCUGAGGUCUUGGCUGAUUUUUUUGAUUUUCCCAUGAUGUCAAGCAAAGAGGCACUGAGUUUGAAGGUAGGCCUUGAAAUACAUCCACAGGGACACCUCCAAUUGACUCAAAUGAUGUCAAUUAGCCUAUCAGAAGCUUCUAAAGCCAUUACAUAAUUUUCUGGAAUUUUCCUAGCUGUUUAAAUGCACAGUCAACUUAGUGUAUGUAAACUUCUGACCCACUGGAAUUGUGAUACAGUGAAUGAUAAGUGAAAUAAUCUGUCUGUAAACAAUUGUUGGAAAAAUUACUUGUGUCAUGCACAAAGUAGAUGUCCUAACCGACUUGCCAAAACUAUAGUGGAGUGGUUGAAAAACGAGUUUUAAUGACUCCAACGUAAGUGUAUGUAAACUUCCGACUUCAACUUUAUGUGUGUACAUUGUACAAUCAAUUAGUGAGAGAGAGCCUCAUAUUACAUUAAUUUGUACAUAUCCACUGUAUACAUGAAAUGCGGCAGAGUUGGUUCCUGUUUGUCAUGUUUUUGGUCACGUUCGCAUCAACACCCUACUGAUUGGUGGACAAUAGAGCCUCCCACAAUGCAGGCGAUGGCUGCAGGAUGAAUGUUUAUCCCCAUAAUGCAACACACUUUAAAGGGCCGACUUGACAAAAGUGAUCCGCUCGAACGCCCAAUGAGAGAAGAUAUAAAUAGUUAUACAUUUACAGUGCAUUCGGAAAGUAUUCAGACCCCUUGACUUUUUCCACAUUGUUAAGUUACAGCCUUAUUCUAAAAUUGAUUAAAUUCAAUGUUUUCCUCAUCAAUCUACACACAAUACCCCAUAAUGACAAAGCUAAAACAGGUUUUAGCAGGAAAUUAAUAAAAAAAACGAAUACCUUAUUUACAUAAGUAUUCAGACUCUUUGCUAUGAGACUCGAAAUUGAGCUCAGGUGCAUCCUGUUUCCAUUGAUCAUCCUUGAGAUGUUGCUACAACUUGGGAGUCCACCUGUGGUAAAUUCAAUUGAUUGGACAUGAUUUGGAAAGGCACACAGCUGUCUAUAUAAGGUCCCACAGUUGACAGUGCAUGUUAGAGCAAAGACCAAGCCAUGAGGUCGAAGGAAUUGUCCGUAGAGCUCCGAGACAGGAUUGUGUCAAGGCACAAAUCUAGGGAAGGGUACCAAAACCACCAAGACUCUUCCUAGAGCUGGCCGCCUGGCCAAACUGCGCAAUCGGGGGAGAAGGGCCUUGGUCAGGGAGGUGACCAAGAACCCGAUGGCCACUCUUACAGAGCUCUAGAGUUCCUCUGUGGAGAUGGGAGCCUUCCAGAAGGACAACCAUCUCUGCAGCACUCCGCCAAUCAGGCCUUUAUGGUAGAGUGCCCAGACGGAAGCUACUCCUCAGUAAAAGGCACAUGAUUUGGAGUUUGCCAAAAGGCAACUAAAGGACUCAGACCAUGAGAAACGAGAUUCUCUGGUCUGAUGUAAUCAAGAUUGAACUCUUUGGCCUGAAUGCCAAGCGUCACGUCUGGGGGAAACCUGGCACCAUCCCUAUGGUGAAGCAUGGUGGUGGUGGCAGCAUCAUGCCGUGGGGAUGUUUUUCAGCGGCAGAGACUAGUCAGAAUCGAGGGAAAGAUGAACGGAGCAAAGUACAGCGAGAUCCUUGAUGAAAACCUGCUCCAGAGCGCUCAGGACCUCAGACUGGGGCGAAGGUUCACCUUCCGACAGGACAACAACCCUAAACACACAGCCAAGACAACGCAGGAGUGGCCCAGCCAGAGCCCGAACUUGAACCCUAUCGAACAUCUCUGGAGAGACCUGAAAAUUGUUGUGCAGCGACGCUCCCCAUCCAACCUGACAGAGCUUGAGAGGAUCUGCAGAGAAGAAUGGGGAAAACUCCCCAAAUACAGGUGUGCCAAGCUUGUAGCGUCAUACCCAGAAGACUCAACGCUGUAAUCGCUGCCAAAGGUGCUUCAACAAAGUACUGAGUAAAGGGUCUAAAUACUUAUGUAAAUGUGAUAUUUCCGUCUUUAUUUUUAAUACAUUUGCAACAGUUUCUAAAAACCUGUUUUUGCUUUGUUGUUGUGGGGUAUUGUGUGUAGAUUGAGGGGGGGAAAUGAUUUAAUCAAUUUUAGAAAAAGGCUGUAAGGUAACAAAGUGGAAAAAGUCAAGGGAUCUGAAUACUUUCUGAAAACACUGUAAAUGUAUAAAUACGCAAGAUUGCAGCGUACACAUUGUUGGAUUACUUUAUGGAGCAAAUUUUUAUUUUAAUAACUGAGCAUUUUCUAAAUUCAAACAAACCACCUGCAACUGGACACAGACAUUUUAGAAGAUAUGUUUGGGCGAUUCGUGAACGAAGAUAGUAUCGGCAACUUAAGUUUGGUGGAAAAUUCUGUGCUACGCCAAACGGUACUUAUCCUGUAAGGGCUAAUGGAGCAUCAAAUUAGCCUGUUACAAUCUGCUAGCUAAUGUCUUGUUAGCUAGCGAGGGGUUUUACUUUCUUGCUUUACCAAAUAUGUUUUAUCUGUGCUUUUACCAUAGUGACAUGUUAUUGUAGUGCAGUGAGCCGGCAUUAGCUAGCUAGACUGGUUGUUAUGCCUUAACACUGCUGCAGUGGUGCUGUCAGCUUAGCCCAAUCUAUCCCUGAACCUAUCAGUUCUCAACAUGAAGGUUUAGCUAGUUCAGAAACAUUCAAGUCAACACAUUUUAUGUUGUUUUCACACCCAGAUAGGAGCAGCAUCUGACUGGACUGAAGCUUGAACUUAUAAACCCACUGCAGUCAUGCUACUCCCCAUCCUUGUCCGUGAGUCCCUGUGCUGCUCUAAGAACUCUGUCUUACUGACAUCCUCAAACAUACAGACCUGUAUCAGGGGUCUUCAGGGCAAGGGAGCCAGGGGCCUCCACAGCUAUGCCCAGGGGUUCCUCUGUAGGAGGGUCCCCUCACGCCUCAACCCCCAGAUACGGGGGGCCAAGAGUCGGAAGAGCCAGACCAAGCAGCAGGAGGAUGAGUGGAGGAAGAGGAACAAGACGGUGCUGACGUAUAUCGCUGCUGCGGGGGUGGGAAUGAUCGGCAUGUCCUACGCGGCUGUACCCCUCUACAGACUUUACUGCCAGGUAGGAGCAGAACCAUAUAUUUAGAGAGUAUGGACAUUAAGGUUUCUGCAUUAUUCAAAUAAAAUCAAAUCAAAUCAAAUUUUAUUGGUCACAUGCGCCGAAUACAACAGGUGCAGACAUUGCAGUGAAAUGCUUACUUACAGCCCUUAACCAACAGUGCAUUUAUUUUAAACAAAAAAAGUAAGAAUAAAACAACAACAACAAAAAAGUGUUGAGAAAAAAAGAGCAGAAGUAAAAUAAAGUGACAGUAAGGAGGCUAUAUAUACAGUAAAAUAAAGUGACAGUAGGGAGGCUAUAUAUACAGGGGGGUACCGUUGCAGAGUCAAUGUGCGGGGGCACCGGCUAGUUGAGGUAGUUGAGGUAAUAUGUACAUGUGGGUAGAGUUAAAGUGACUAUGCAUAAAUACUUAACAGAGUAGCAGCAGCGUAAAAAGGAUGGGGUGGGGGGGCAGUGCAAAUAGUCCGGGUAGCCAUGAUUAGCUGUUCAGGAGUCUUAUGGCUUGGGGGUAGAAGCUGUUGAGAAGUCUUUUGGACCUAGACUUGGCACUCCGGUACCGCUUGCCGUGCGGUAGCAGAGAGAACAGUCUAUGACUAGGGUGGCUGGAGUCUUUGACAAUUUUGAGGGCCUUCCUCUGACACCGCCUGGUAUAGAGGUCCUGGAUGGCAGGGAGCUUUGCCCCAGUGAUGUACUGGGCCUCGAGACUUCCUUGGUAUUUGAUUUUGUGCACCAGCUGUUGUUUACAAAUAUACAGAGACCGCCACCCCUUGUCUUACCAGAGUCUGCAGUUCUGUCCUGUCGAUGUAGCGUAUAGCCCGCUAGCUGAAUGUUAUCAUUGUUGUCGUUCAGCCACGACUCCGUGAAACAUAAGAUAUUACAGUUUUUAAUGUCCCGUUGGUAGGAUAACCGUAAUCUUAAAUCGUCAAUUUUAUUCUCAAAAGAUUGAACGUUGGCUAAUAGGAUUGAUGGGAGAGGCAUCAAUUAUGUAUUUACAUGACACAACACUGUAAUUCAAAAUGGCAUCCAUGUUAAAAUAGAUGGCUCUGGGACGGGUAGGAGAGCAGAGAGAGAGCUACAAUGUUUGAUACAGUAGUACUGCCACUUGAAGAUUUCUAAUGUAUUAUUUGAGAUUUUGUUUGUGGAGGUAGAUAUACAGUGGGGAGAACAAGUAUUUGAUACACUGCCGAUUUUGCAGGUUUUCCUACUUACAAAGCAUGUAGAGGUCUGUAAUUUUUAUUACAUUUACGUCAUUUAGCAGACGCUCUUAUCCAGAGCGACUUACAAAUAGGUGCAUUCACCUUAUAGCCAGUGGGAUAACCACUUUACAAUUUUUUUUUGGUUUUUUUGGAGGGGUGGGUUGGAGUAAGGGGGGGGGGGGGGGGGGGGGGUAGAAGGAUUACUUUAUCCUAUCCCAGGUAUUCCUUAAAGAGGUGGGGUUAAUCAUAGGUACACUUCAACUGUGAGAAACUUAAUCUAAAACAAAAAUCCAGAAAAUCACAUUGUAUGAUUUUUAAGUAAUUAAUUUCCAUUUUAUUGCAUGACAUAAGUAUUUGAUCACCUACCAAUCAGUAAGAAUUCCGGCUCUCACAGACCUGUUAGUUUUUCUUUAAGAAGCCCUCCUGUUCUCCACCCAUUACCUGUAUUAACUGCACCUGUUUGAACUCGUUACCUGUAUAAAAGACACCUGUCCACACACUCAAUCAAACAGACUCCAACCUCUCCACAAUGGCCAAGACCAGAGAGCUGUGUAAGGACAUCAGGGAUACAAUUGUAGACCUGCACAAGGCUGGGAUGGGCUACAGGACAAAAGGCAAGCAUCUUGGGGAGAAGGCAACAACUGUUGGCGCAAUUAUUAGAAAAUGGAAGAAGUUCAAGAUGAUGGUCAAUCACCCUCGGUCUGGGGCUCCAUGCAAGAUCCCACCUCGUGGGGCAUCAAUGAUCAUGAGGAAGGUGAGGGAUCAGCCCAGAACUACACGGCAGGACCUGGUCAAUGACCUGAAGAGAGCUGGGACCAAGUCUCAAAGAAAACCAUUAGUAACACACUACGCCGUGAUGGAUUAAAAUCCUGCAGCGCACGCAAGGUCCCCCUGCUCAAGCCAGCGCAUGUCCAGGCCCGUCUGAAGUUUGCCAAUGACCAUCUGGAUGAUCCAGUGGAGGAAUGGGAGAAGGUCAUGUGGUCUGAUGAGACAAAAAUAGAGCUUUUUGGUCUAAACUCCACUCGCCGUGUUUGGCGGAAGAAGAAGGAUGAGUACAACCCCAAGAACACCAUCCCAACCGUGAAGCAUGGAGGUGGAAACAUCAUUCUUUGGGGAUGCUUUUCUGCAAAGGGGACAGGACGACUGCACCGUAUUGAGGGGAGGAUGGAUGGGGCCAUGUAUCGCGAGAUCUUGGCCAACAACCUCCUUCCCUCAGUAAGAGCAUUGAAGAUGGGUCGUGGCUGGGUCUUCCAGCAUGACAACGACCCGAAACACACAGCCAGGGCAACUAAGGAGUGGCUCCGUAAGAAGCAUCUCAAGGUCCUGGAGUGGCCUAGCCAGUCUCCAGACCUGAACCCAAUAGAAAAUCUUUGGAGGGAGCUUAAAGUCCGUAUUGCCCAGCGACAGCCCCGAAACCUGAAGGAUCUGGAGAAGGUCUGUAUGGAGGAGUGGGCCAAAAUCCCUGCUGCAGUGUGUGCAAACCUGGUCAAGACCUACAGGAAACGUAUGAUCUCUGUAAUUGCAAACAUUUACAUUUACAUUACAUUUUAGUCAUUUAGCAGACGCUCUUAACCAGAGCGACUUACAGGAGCAAUUAGGGUUAAGUGCCUUGCUCAAGGGCACAUUAACGUCAUUUAGCAGACGCUCUUAGCCAGAGCGAAAGUACAGAAACAAAGGUUUCUGUACCAAAUAUUAAGUUCUGCUUUUCUGAUGUAUCAAAUACUUAUGUCAUGCAAUAAAAUGCAAAUUAAUUACUUAAAAAUCAUACAGUGUGAAGUGUACCUAUGAUAAAAAUUACAGACCUCUACAUGCUUUGUAAGUAGGAAAACAUGCCAAAAUCAGCAGUGUAUCAAAUACUUGUUCUCCCCACUGUAGUAGCACAUCACAAAUUGUUGGUUUGCUUACCAGUCAUUAUAGAAGCCUUCACGAAAUCUGGAGCUGUAUUACAAGAAGACCUGAAAAUAGUGGGUGAAAGAUGGAUGGAUUUAUUGUAUAGCUGGGUGUCUCGUCUGUUGUCCCCUCUAGGCGUCCGGUCUGGGUGGGGCGGCGGUGGCAGGUCACGAUGCAGAGCAGGUGGAGACGAUGAAGCCAGUGAAGGACCGCAUCAUCAAGAUCACCUUCAACGCUGACACACAUGCCAGCAUGCAGUGGAACUUUCGCCCACAGCAGUCUGAGAUAUACGUAAGACAUGCUUAAUACAUGAUGCUCUCGUUCUCUUUCUCUGUCUGUCUUUCCAUCCUCCUUUCUGUGUCUGUCCCUCUCCAUGUCUCUUGUCUUUCCCUCUCUUUCUCCCACUCUCUAUACACCCAGUGAAGAAAAAGGAUACAUUAGAAGACAAUGUGUGACAUUAAAACCAUUACUUUUAGCAGCAACCAAAUCUUUAUUGUGUGUGUUGUUACAAUAUAGGUAUCUUAUUGUGUGUUUUAGUUAUCUUAUUAUUAUUAUUAUUAUUAUUAUUAUGUUUUUUGAACAGGGACAAUGAACAACAAUACAUAACUGUCAGUACACUUGAGAAAAGAUGCAUUGUACCAGCUAAUUUCCGUCGGCAGUCCCCGGGCAGGUGAACAUAUAAACAAGAAAAAAUCAGACAUAAAAAAGUAUUAUACAAAAAGAGGUCAGGACAUACAGAUAUGUUUCCACAAUGAAAUCAAGACAUUGGUCACAAGUAUGUGUGUGUUGUUACAAUAGAGAUAUUUUAUUGUGUAUGUGUGUGUUACAAUAGAGGUAUCUUAUUGCGCAUGUUGUGUUACGAUACAGGUGGUUCCAGGAGAGACUGCCCUGGCCUUCUACAGAGCCAAGAACCCCACAGACAAACCUGUUAUUGGGAUCUCCACCUACAACGUAGUGCCCUUUGAGGCUGGACAGUACUUCAACAAGAUACAGGUACUAAUGAACAUGUAGUCAAUGCCAUGUGUACCAAACUGUUGAUGUAAUGUGCCAUUCUGUUAAAACCUCUUAAGGAUCUGAUUAUUUUUUUCAAUUUUCGCCUAAAAUGACAUACCCAAAUCUAACUGCCUGUAGCUCAGGACCUGAAGCAAGGAUAAGCAUAUUCUUGAUAUCAUUUGAAAGGAAACACUUUGAAGUUUGUGGAAAUGUGAAACUAAUGUAGGAGAAUAACACAUUAGAUCUGGUAAAAGAUAAUACAAAUAAAAAAACAUGCGUUUUUUGUUUUUUUGUAUCAGCUUUGAAAUGCAAGAGAAAGGCCAGACGGUGAUAUAGGAAUAUAGGUGUAAUUUAGAGUUUGUCCACAAGAUGGCAGAAUUGUGUGUGCAAAGUUUCAGACUGAUCCAGUGAAGGAUUACAUCACUACCCAAUAUUUUGUAUCAAGUUUAUUAGGAGUUUUCUGAAAUGUUCCCAAUUGGUCAAUUUAUGCAUUUUCAAGUACAUAACUAUAGAGAACAUACAAUAAUGCUAUGGUAAUAAAACAUUUAAGUUUACACUGAGUCCCGUGUAGCUCAGUUGGUAGAGCAUGGCAUUUGCAACGCCAGGGUUGUGGGUUCGUUUCCCACGGGGGACCAGUAUGAAGGAAAAAAAUAAUUAUGCACUCACUAACUGUAAGUCGCUCUGGAUAAGUGCGUCUGCUAAAUGACUAAAAUAUAAAUGUACACACUCCCAGGAAUGUCAUAAAUGAUGGAUCAUUAGCUUCCCUACAGAAAAUACACUAACCUUCACACAUCUAGAUUUACAUUUACAUCAUUUAGCAGACGCUCAUCCAGAGCGACUUACAAAUUGGUGCAUUCAACUUAUGAUAGCCAGCGGGACAACCACUUUUAUUUUGUUAUUUUUUGGGGGGGGUGGGAGGGGGGGGGGGUAGAAGGAUUACUUUAUACUAUUCCAGGUAUUCCUUAAAGAGGUAGGGUUUCAAGUGUCUCCGGAAGGUGGUCAGUGACUCCGCUGUCCUGGCGUCGUGGGGGAGCUUGUUCCACCAUUGGGGUGCAGCAGCAAAUAGCUUUGACUGGGCUGAGCGGGAACUGUGCUUCCUUAGAGGUAGGGGAGCUAGCAGGCCAGAGGUGGAUGAACGUAGUGCCCUCGUUUGGGUGUAGGGUCUGAUCAGAGCCUGAAGAUAAGGAGGUGCCGUUCCCCUCACAGCUCCGUAGGCAAGCACCAUGGUCUUGUAGUAGAUGCGAGCCUCAACUGGAAGCCAGUGGAGUGUGCGGAGGAGCGGGGUGACGUGAGAGAACUUGGGAAGGUCGAACACCAGACGGGCUGCAGCGUUCUGGAUAAGUUGUAGGGGUUUAAUGGCACAGGCAGGGAGCCCAGCCAAAAGCGAGUUGCAGUAAUCCAGACGGGAGAUGACAAGUGCCUGGAUUAGGACCUGUGCUGCUUUCUGUGUAAGGUAGGUUCGUACUCUGCGAAUGUUGUAGAGCAUGAAUCUGCAGGAUCAGGUCACCGCUUUGAUGUUAGCGGAGAACGACAGGGUGUUGUCCAGGGUCACGCCAAGGUUCUUUGCACUCUGGGAGGAGGACACAAUGGAGUUGUCAACCGUGAUGGCGAGAUCAUGGAGCGGGCAGUCCUUCCCCGGGAGGAAGAGCAGCUCCGUCUUGCUGAGGUUCAGCUUGAGGUGGUGAUCCGACAUCCACAUAUGUCUGCCAGAUAUGCAGAGAUGCGAUUCGCCACCUGGUUAUCAGAAGGGGGAAAGGAGAAAAUUAAUUGUGUGUCGUCUGCGUAGCAAUGAUAGGAGAGACCAUGUGAGGAUAUGACAGAGCCAAGUGACUUGGUGUAUAGAGAGAAUAGGAGAGGGCCUAGAACUGAGCCCUGGGGGACACCAGUGGUGAGAGCACGUGGUGCGGAGACAGAUUCUCGCCACGCCACCUGGUAGGAGCGACCUGUCAGGUAGGACGCAAUCCAAGAGUGAGCAGCGCCGGAGAUGCCCAACUCGGAGAGGGUGGAGAGGAGGAUCUGAUGGUUCACAGUAUCAAAGGCAGCGGAUAGGUCUAGAAGGAUAAGAGCAGAGGAGAGAGAGUUAGCUUUAGCAGUGCGGAGAGCCUCCGUGACACAGAAGAGCAGUCUCAGUUGAAUGACCAGUCUUGAAACCUGACUGGUUUGGAUCAAGAAGGUCAUUCUGAGAGAGAUAGCAGGAGAGUUGGCUAGAGACGGCACGCUCAAGAGUUUUGGAGAGAAAAGAAAGAAGGGAUACUGGUCUGUAGUUGUUGACAUUGGAGGGAUCGAGUGUAGGUUUUUUGAAGAGGGGUGCAACUCUCGCUCUCUUGAAGACGGAAGGAACAUGGCCAGCGGUCAAGGAUGAGUUGAUGAGCGAGGUGAGGUAAUGGAGAAGGUCUCCGGAAAUGGUCUGGAGAAGAGAGGAGGGGAUAGGGUCAAGCUGUCAGGUUGUUGGGCGGCCGGCCGUCACAAGUCGCAAGAUUUCAUCUGGAGAGAGAGGGGAGAAAGAAGUCAAAGCAUAGGGUAGGGCAGUGUGAGCAGGACCAGCGGUGUCAUUUGACUUAAUACAUGAGGAUUGGAUGUCGUCAACCUUCUUUUCAAAAUGGUUGACGAAGUCAUCCACAGAGAGGGAGGAGGGAGGGGGAGGGGGAGGAGGAGGAGGAUUCAGCAGGGAGGAGAAUGUGGCAAAGAGCUUCCUAGGGUUAGAGGCAGAGGCUUGAAAUUUAGAGUGGUAGAAAGUGGCUUUAGCAGCGGAAACCGAGGAAGAGAAUGUAGAGAGGAGGGAGUGAAAAGAUGACAGGUCCGUAGGGAGACUAGUUUUCCUCCAUUUCCGCUCGGCUGCCUGGAGCCCUCUUCUGUGAGCUCGCAAUGAGUCGUCAAGCCACGGAGCAGGAUGGGAAGACCGACCCGGCCGGGAGGAUAGGGGACAUAGAGAGUCAAAAAAUGCAGAGAGGAGGGUUGAGGAGGCAGAAUCAGGAGAUCGGAGGGAGAAGGAUUUAGCAGAGGGAAGAGAUGAUAGGAUGGAAGAGAAGAGAGUAGCGGGAGAGAGCGAAGGUUGCGACGGCACAUUACCAUCUGAGUAGGGGCAGAGUGAGUAGUGUUGGAGGAGAGCGAGAGAGAAAAGGAUACAAAGUAGUGGUCGGAGACUUGGAGGGGAGUUGCAGUGAGAUUAGUAGAAGAACAGCAUCUAGUAAAGAUGAGGUCAAGCGUAUUGCCUGCCUUGUGAGUAGGGGGUACGGUGAGAGGGUGAGGUCAAAAGAGGAAAGGAGUGGAAAGGAGGAGGCAGAGAGAAAUGAGUCAAAGGCAGACGUAGGGAGGUUAAAGUCACCCAGAACUGUGAGGGGUGAGCCAUCCUCAGGAAAUGAACUUAUCAAGCUCAUUGAUGAACUCUCCAAGGGAACCUGGAGGGCGAUAAAUGACAAGGAUGUUAAGCUUGAAUGGGCUAGUGACUGUGACAGCAUGGAAUUCAAAUGAGAAGAUAGACAGAUGGGUCAGGGGAAAAAGAGAGAAUGUCCACUUGGGAGAGAUGAGGAUUCCUGUGCCACCGCCGCGCUGACCAGAUGCUCUCAGGGUAUGCGAGAACACAUGGUCAGACGAGGAAAGAGCAGUAGGAGUAGCAGUGUUUUCUGUGGUAAUCCAUGUUUCCGUCAGCGCCAAGAAGUCGAGGGACUGGAGGGUAGCAUAGGCUGAGAUUAACUCUGCCUUGUUGGCCGCAGAACAGCAGUUCCAGAGGCUGCCAGAGACCUGGAACUCCACGUGGGUCGUGCAGCAGCGACCACCAGAUUAGAGUGGCAACAGCCACGUGGUGUGAAGCGUUUGUAUGGCCUGUGCAGAGAGGAGAGAACAGGGAUAGACAGACACAUAGUUGACAGGCUACAGAAAAAGGCUACAAUAAUGCAAAGGAGAUCGGAAUGAAAUUAACUAAACAUCUGGGAAAGCGAGAGAACGGGGCCUCCCUCACUUACGUUUCACUGAAACGCUCAAAUAUAACUCUCCCAACUUCCACUUUAGAAAUUAUAAUUGUUGUAAACUACAGCGGUUCAAUGUUUUCUAGGAAUAGACUCUAACUUAGUUUAUUCAGCUAGCUAACUUGGUACAGUAUUCUUCCGUGAAAACCGUCCAGGGCACCGAAUCCUAUGACGCUAUAGCCAACUAGCAUGCCAGCCUCCAAUAACACGGUUUAGCACCAAUACUCGGUUACAACAAACCACUAGUGUGUUAACACGCCAAGCAGAUCAUUUGUGUCCGUGUCUAACGUUGUGUAAAGUUUUGGGUUAGUUUUGACAGUUUGAGUGAGUACGUCGUCAACUUAUUCAACCAGUUAGGGGGGGUGGAGCCAGAGACAGCAGGGGUUCAAACUGUAGAACCCAGUUCCUACAUUUGAAUAUAAAAAUGGAUUUUAUCAAACAAAACUAUGCUACAUUUUAUCUCUGGGUCCCUCAGGAUGACAAAUCAGAGCAUGAUUACUGAAUAUAAGUACAUUAUUUACCUUCAGAGGUGAAUGUAUCAAACCAGUUGCCGUGACAAGUGUUUUGUUGUUGUGCACUAUCCUCAAACAAUAGCAUGGUAUUUUUUUGCUGUAAUAGCUACUGUAAAGUUGGCUGUUGUUUACAACGCCAUUCUAGUCACAUAUCGCAUAUUGAGCAGCAACCGUCCCGGUAUCCUGUAUUAAGAGGGACCAAAUUAAUAUGCAGGACCAAUGUGUGUUGAGUUGCCUUAUGACAUUGUUUGACAGAGUCACUACAUUCUACAUUUGAGUCAUUUAGCAGACUGUCUUAUCCAAAGCGACUUAAAGGAGCAAUUGGGCUUAAGUGCCUUGCUCAAGGGCACAUCAACAGAUUUUUCACCUCAUCUGCUUGGGGAUUCGAACCAGUGACCUUUCAGUUACUGGCCCAAUGCUUUUAACCACUAGGCUACCUGCCGCCACUACUAGGACUAUUUGCUCUAAAUUACUUAUUUGGAUGAAGAAAUGUUCUUUUAAGUAAAGUAUCUUCUCACUCACUUGUCUGUCAUGAAAAAUAUCAGUUAACUCAGUCUGUCAGGCAUUGAGAAGCCUUGCAUUGCCAGACAUCACACUGUAAAUGGCUGGGGGCAAGGCUAGACAUUGAGAAGCCUUGCAUUGCCAGACAUCACAAUGUGAAAGGCUGGGGGCAAGGCCAGACGUUGACAUGCAUAUUGAGCCUGUGUCUGAUUUUUACACACUUGUCUUGAGUCAUUAUCUCCAAUGACAAUCAAACGUCAGGCUGGCUGAACUAUAUUGAAUUCACUAAAUGUAAAAUUCAACGCAAGAACAAACUUGCAUGUUUUUGCGUGUGCAUCUCUUCAUUGAUCUUCAGUCUGCAAUACUUUUUCCUCGGUAAGCACUGCAGCUCACAUCAGUGUUGUAGUACUCGAGACCGGUCUCGCUUUAGGUGGUCUCAGACACAACACUGGCUCACAUACAGCUUCAUCUACAUUAUUUACCUUGGUGUGGGGACUCCUGACUAAAAUUGAAUCUCAGAUAUUUACCUCCAUAUUGAGUCUGUCUCUCUGAUGUUUUAAAACGCGUAUCUCUUCUCCCCUCCCAGUGUUUCUGUUUUGAGGAGCAGCGGUUGAACCCUAAAGAGGAAGUGGACAUGCCCGUGUUCUUUUACAUCGACCCUGAGUUUGACGAGGACCCGCGAAUGGCCCGUGUCGACACCAUUACCCUCUCAUACACCUUCUUCGAAGCCAAGGAGGGACAGAAACUACACCUCCCCGGAUACAGUCCGAUUUCCCUACACAGCUGAAGAUUGGCCUCAUCGUGUCAGCCAUUUAAAAAUACUAUUUACUGUUCUCCUCAGAGCUGCUGAGUUAGUCCAAUAUAUAUAUAUAUAUAUAUA